UAAGACCUCCUGUCCGGGUGGGAGGGUCCGAGGGGCGAACGCCACGCCCAUGUUGCCAUGACAACCAGCUGAUCAGCUGCAAUCUGAUCUACGAUGGGAGGAGCGGCGGUGCAGGUGCUCCAGCCAACCGUGUGCUCAGACGUUCAUCAGAGGAAGACAAGUGGGCUGGAGGAAAGUGUGCGUGUGGGGGUAUAGCGAUCACAGACGGGUUAUUGUUGUGAUUUAACCGCUGCCUCCUCGCGAUCUCCUCACCAAGAGUCUUCACUCGCAUCCCAUGGACUGGGAAAAUCCCGUGCUUCUGAGAUACAGCUGAACUCCGUGCGCGCAUAAUGUUCAAGAAAAGCAAGAGCAAAGUUCUGGUGGAUGAAGCGUCAGAGGAGGACGACGUGUCGUGGCAUCACGGGCACGCGAGGAAGGAUAAAGACUCAGAGGGAACAGAGGAAGUUCUGAGCCCCUCAACAAAGGAUUCAAAGUUAAAGAAGGUAAAAUCAAAGCGAGAAAAAGGAAACAAGAAGUUGUUUCCGUCUCAGGACGAUGAACACAUCUUGCUGACAGGAGUCACUGUCUCUCACAGAAGAGGGUCUGCUAAGAAAAACUGGGAGGACGACAAGAGUAAAGCGCACUCAGAAAAAGACAAAGCGCACUGUCUAUGGGACAGCAUCACCAUGACGAUGAAGCAAAUCACACCUACGAGGAAGAUUGACAAAAUUGAGGGCUGGGAGCCGCCUCAGCUGAACGACGGGGCGGAGGAGGAAAAAAAUGAGCUAGAGAAGAAGAGGAGUGACUCGUCCACGCUGUCACUGUCUCUGCCGCAUUCUCUGGGUUUGCCGUCCUGGGUUGGCUUGGGUUCGGAGGAGGACUCGUCUCGUUACUCUAGUCUGCCUGAAUCACAGACGGGCGGCCCUGCCCAGUGGGCGGCUCGGGCGCGAGAUAAAUUAGCCGCCGUUCGUCGCCGAAGUCCAGCCGGCCUAUCAGAGAGUAACUGGGAGGGGUUAAAAUGAUUUCCAUAUCAAUGUCUAUAAGGAUGGCCGCACCCCCUUGUAUACCAACUCUAAUUGGACAGCCCACUGAUAUAAAGAUGUGAAGAGUAUGACCCUCAGACCAAGAGUGCCUUCUUCCAAUGCCUGUCAACGAUUUAUUGUCACUUUUCCAUUUGAUAUAAAAUGAGCUUCCAACUUUUGAAUGAAGCCUCCUCGUUGAAAUCACUGGAUGUACUCAUAAUAGUUGGUGUCUGACAUCACUGACCAAUCACCAUGGCGUUUUGUAAAUUACUUUAAAAAUCUAAAUGACAUUUAAACUCUCAAAGAGAGAGUUAUCCAAAAAUGAAAAUCUUGUCAUCAUUUAUUCACCCUCAUGUCAUUCCAAACCUGUUUGUUUUUUCUUUCUUUCUUCUGUGGAGCACAAAAGAUUUAGAUUAGCGGAAUAUCCCAAGAACCAUAGACCUAGUCAGGUUAGAACCAUAAACCUCAGUCAGACGCCAUGUUAAAUUUAACGCAGGUGAUAAUGAGGCUGUGAGAGAUAGACUUGCUAUCUUUUCAAUGGUACGUACUGUAUACAGGUCCUAGAUCACAUAAUUUUCACAACUUUCAAAACUGCUUUAUUAAGUUUUUGUCUACUGAAAGCUUUUCCGAAAGACAUUUCGUCAGCUUAACAACCAGCAUGUUUUUAAUCUGAAUGCACUGUACUUCUAUCCCUCACAACCUCGUUUUCAUCCCUGUCCAAAAAUAUGGCGUUACCCUGACCAGGUCUGUCCAUACAAUAGAUAAUAGACAAUAAAGUAUCAUAAAUAUUGUCCAAAUUACUUUAUUAUGAGUGUUUUUAUUUUUCGAUAAAGUUAUGUGAGAAACAGCCUAAGAAUAAGUCGUUGUUUACAGCAAUAAGUCUCCAUUCAUCUGUCUCCAGUCAUUUUAUGAAAAGUCAGUCAUUCUGCUAAACUUCUCUUUUUCACAGAAUAAAAUCAAACAGGUGUGGGAUGGCAUAAGGGUGAAUAAAUGAUGACGGAAGAUCCAUUUUGUAGGUAAACUCCGUCUCUUUAAAUCUACAUUUUAUCAGCGCCGAUUAGUCUGAGUGAGACUCUCAGCCGCCAUAAUCAUUCCUGACGAGAGAUCGAUGCUUUGUAUGUAAUGCUUGAAUCUUCGAUUCAGCUGUGGUUAAUUUAUUCCACUGUAGAUCAAGAGUGAAUGUGAAAUGAUGUAGAAACGCCUUCCACUGAUCAGUGUAGAUUUACAGUCGCUACUGCCUGCUGAUUCACAAUCAUAAUGUACUGUAAUUACUCUAUGCAAUCCUUUCCUUGCUGUAAUCCCAAACUACUUGCUAUAUUGAUCAUGCUAGCAAUAUAUUCAGUGCCACUUUUCAGUCACAAGGAAA